CAACCAAAACCACCUCACAUACAACAAAAUGCCGUUGCUCGAAGAGAUUUCAGAUAUCGAAGAUAUCGAUAACAUGGAUAUGGAUAUUGCGCAGUUCGAUCCCAGCUUGAGAACGCCGAUUGCGCCAGCGCUUCCGAAGGCAUCUGUGGCCAGAUCGCAGGAUCUCCAGCCAGAACCGCCGCUCUUCCCAGAAGUGCCGCUCUCUGGACCAAAGAUUAAUCAGAACCAGAUCAAAACCUUCAACGAAGAGGAGAUGGAGCACUUGAAGUCGUUCCAGUUGUUGUACCCGGCAUACUUCGACAAGAACAGAUCGCACAAGGAAGGGAGACGCUGUGCGCGUUCUCAGGCGACAGAGAACCCGUUGGCCAAGACGAUUGUGGAUGCCUGUCAGGCGUUGGGUUUUGCGUGUGUGUUGGAGGCUGAGAAGACCCACCCGCAGGACUUUGGUAACUCUGGCAGAGUGCGUGUAUUGCUCAAGGACGAGGGCCAGCCGGAGGUGCCAGGCAUCAACAACAAAAAGCGCCUCAUUACUUUGGUUGCGAGCUACAUGCAGUCGCAUCCAACUGCGUUGAACAGCUUAUACGAGAUUCCACCGCCAGCCGAGCUCGGCGAUAUCAGACCGGAACUCUUGCCGCGUGUCAAGGGCUUCAAGAUGAAUACCAUCGUGCCGUUCCACUCGCCAUUGACCAUGAAGCAUCCGAUGGCCAGAAGCAUCUACGAACACGAAGAGCCGGUGCCGCAGGUCAUCGCUCCGAAGAAGCCAAAGCAAAAGUUUAUGAAGGUGAGAGGGUAGUUGUCAGAUGGACGACUGUGUAUAAUAUCAACUGGAGCAUAUUAAGGUUCACGCGAAUUGUAAGAUACUGUGUGACAGUCAGAGGCUACAAUGAUUCUUAUGGCAAAGAUAAGCUCCGGAAUAUUGAAUAUUAAUGAGGAUAGCUUGAAAAAUAAAU